AUGUCACGACUGCAGCCCAGCACGUCUUCCGAUUCUCCUCUAAGCGCAUCUGCGCAUGGGGAUUCCCCAAACAGAGGCUACGUCUCUGAACGCCCGUCUUCUUCUACUCAUCCGAGAAUAUCAGAAGGUUCAGAGGGUUAUCCCUCAUGGCUCCCAAGGAGGCCUCCGCCGCCUGCACCAGCAUCAACUUUCCACUCCUCCGUUGGAAUGUUCGAGCCUCCUCCACCCGAGACGUUCUCGGGUGGUCGAAAGGCUACACCACGUUCCGUACGUGUUGUGAGCCUCCAGGACAAUGCGCAGGCUAGCGCUAAUCCGUAUAAUCGCCGGGAUAUUACAGACCAGACUCCACAGAGCAACCCUCUACGUCCUCGAGUCUGGUCGCGUGCUACGACUACUGGUUUGAGCGAAACUCUAGUGCUACCAACAGUUAAAACACAGGAGCACUCUCAACCACCCAAGUUUCGGUCAUCUGGUCUUCACCCGGAACUGCUUCGGAACCCUUCUGCCCUAACUCGUCUUUACUUUUACUUGCUUCCUUUCAUGACUUUUUACCACAUUCCUGUGCAAACAUUCUUCGACUUCAACGCUGUAUUUAUAAUCUUGCAGAUCGCCAGGUUUCCUAAUCCCUCCGCACCAGGCGUGCCAGGUUCGGGCAAGAAUUGGGAGCUCGGUGCUGCAGCGUACAUAGCUUGUUGGCUGGCUUGGAUUACUACGGUUUUUGUUCUAUAUGAACUUGUCUACUCCUUCUGGCGCCGAUGGCGUGCUAAGCGACCACUCAUCACGCCAUUAUAUCUUUCUUCAGCUGCUUUCAACCUCGCUUCCAUGACGUCAUACACGAACUUCUGCUUCAUGCAGUACAUCCGCUUCUCGGCUUUCUUCGGCGAAAAUGGUAGUCUUCGUGAUGGCAUUGCGGAAACGUUCUGGUUUUACUCACAGAACCUGCCCACUGUUGCGCUUCUACUACCUCGAGCGGGACUCUCCCUAGCUUUACUGCUCACAUUUACAUCCGCUUCUCCUGAUUAUGUUGCUAUGCUCGAAGCUGGCUUCAAUCGUCGCGAUGGAACUUAUUUUAGUGCAUCUGAUGGCACACUAACGGCUUACGCCCGUGGCGUUCUUAUUGCCAAUGCCGCUUGGACGGCGUGGCGUGUCCUUGUGCUACUCCUCAGCUGGAUUGGUCUGUGGAUUCUUAGCGGCCAUGGCUGUGCCGGACUCUGUGGGCCGCGUUUCAGAUGGGAGGAAGAAGAUCACGAAAAGUCAGUGUCCAACUACAACAGCGAUGGUGCCUCUGAAGCGGAUGCUCUCCCGUGGAGCUGGAGAAUUUGUACGCGUCUACGUAUCCAAGAAGCCUAUGAUUUUUGCUUGACGGUGAAGCCUCCUGCACGGUGGUCUGGUGCCGAAAAGAAGGAGGAAUCAGGACCACUAGGCUUGGAAACCUCCCCACCGUUUGAAGUCGAGCAGGUGCUUGCGGCUGUCGGUUUACCUUCUGUGCCACCACUAGCAAGGCGCGGUGCGCUUUCAGAUGAUCUUUUUGCCUAUCCAAGAGAGGAGUCUGGUGAGGCGCCAGCGCCUCCACCGGAGCUGUCUGAGAUCAUCCCCAAAGUUGUAAAGAGAUCAUCGAAGGACAAGGAGAUGACCGGUCCUUCUGCACCCCUGCUCAAGCUUCCGUAUCCGUUCGCUGGGUAUGGUGCCCAAGUAUCGUCUAAAGAUCAAAUUCCCUUCCCGCCUUCCCCUGGUUCCAGGAAGGAAAAACGUAGAUCACCACCCACCAGUGGCUCGGAACGUCCAGCACAAGAUGAUGAAGAGGAUGAUCAUAAUGAUGAAGAAGAGGACGAAGCUCCGCCACGCACCUCCGGUUCGAUGUCCAGUCUUGGACAGCCGGUAUCAUCUCGUUACCCAUUCCAACUUCGCCGUCCUACCCGUGGAGGUUCAGUUUCUUCAGCGGCUGGUACACACUCAACUCCUAGGACACAUCCAUCGACGAAUACCCGCUCAACGGAGUCGCGAACAUCAAAUUCUACACAAUCCACCGGCAAUCGUGAUACCUCAUCUGAGUCUCCCAGUUCGCACGGCAUGAGCUCGGGCUUGUCCAGUCCUAGUUCUGGAUAUGGUAGCCCGAUACCUAUGCCCCCUCGUCACCCCCAACCAGGUCGUGGUCGCGCUCGUGCAGGAACUGUUCCAGUGUUAUCAUCUCCCUCGAUCGUGUACACUACUCCUACCAGAAGUCGUGUCGACAGCGACCAUACGGAGACUUUUGGUGGGGGCGGUUAUGAGUCCUUCCUUAGUGAGGAGGUUGACGAUGAUGAUGAAGCAGAGGAUGAUGGUGAUGAGGAAGAGGAAGAGGCAGAAGACCAGGAUGAUGAGCCUCAGAUGAUGGAGCAGCCUGUGCCUGAAGGACCCAUGAAGCCGCGGAGGGCGAGGAUAGUGUUGGUCUCCUCGGAGUUGGUCCUCGCAGCCCGAAAUCUUCGAUGGUCAGCAGCCGUCGUCGUCGUGGUCAUCGCUCAGAUUCUGGACGUUCACAAUCUGGACGUUCUCGAUCUGGCUCUCGAUCUGGUUCGUCGAGUUCCCGUGCUGGUUCAGCUUAUCGGAGCCGCCUCACGAUCAUCGUUGGAUCUUGUCCAGUCCAUGCGCUCUCGUGCAAAUUCGUCUAUGGCUCGUCUUGAGGAGGACAUGGCGUUCUCAUCCGACUCUCGCUCACGUAGCGGGUCAGAGGGAGUUCACAGCAGCAACGAGAAUUAUACUUUCGGGGUGAAGCCACCUGUGGGACAAAGCUCCGGGUCUCGUCUGAGGGAGGCUUCCUCGAACCCCUCUAUCUACACCCCCUCUAUUUCUGCACCUUCGGAGGCCACUACCUCUCAUCUUACUGCUCGUCCUACUUCCCGCGAGCGAGAGGUCGAGCGAUUAGAUAUCCCCAGGCGGCCGUAUGGGGGGCAAAGCGAUGAUAGCCGACCCGACAUCAGUACCGCGGCUCAAUCGUUCAUAACAGCGCCUGCUACAAUGGGAGGCACUUCAGUGUCUAGUGAACCCCCGGCAAGCUGGCAAGAAGUGUUGCACAUGGUUGACAGACCAGGCACUGAGUGGAGACCUGCAUGA